AUGAAGAUUCCUUGUUGGUUUCCACUUCUGUUGGGCACUUUAGCUCCACUGUGUGAACCAUCUAAAUUCCAGUAUGGUUCUGCCAGUGAAUGCAAGAGUAUCCCCAUGGUCCCUGGGUACAACCUCGGAGGAGAGGGGUUUGACAUUGUGACCAUGGAGCGCAAAGCAGCGUACGUCAUCGAUACUGAGACCUGGGAUUUGGGCAAUGGCACUUGCAAACUCUACCUCAACCCGUUCUUAUCCAAUAAGAAGCAGAAGGUCCCAGUGGCAGUGGAGGACUGGAGGCCUGUGUCUGCAUGCAGCUUGUCAGUCUCCAGCACUUCUUAUGACUCUGUGGAAACCCUGGUCAAUGAUUCCACCUCAUCUGUGACCAAUAACUGGAAAAUUGGACUUACGAUCCCUGUAAGUCCAUCUGCAUCUGUGGGGCUGGGAUUGGGAGGGUCCCACUCAAAAGCAGCAAAGUUUGCCAUGAAGAAAUCUAAAGAGGAUCGCUAUAACUUCUAUCGUCAUUCUAUUUACUGCAGUUAUUAUCGGUACAGAAUGCGCCCGGCACCUCCAAUGAGUAAAAGCUUCAAAUUAGCAGUGAACUCUCUUCCAGCAUAUACGUAUGGCUCUACCAAGUAUCGCAGACUCAUUGACACAUAUGGCACUCAUUUAAUCAAUCAGGUGUAUUUGGGAGGAGAGCUCAAAUCCGUCACCUCCGUCAGAACAUGUCAGGCCAGUCUGAACGGUCUAACCGAGUCUGAGGUUAGCAACUGUCUUUCUGUGGAAGCUUCAGCCAAUGUGCUGGGAAAGGCAAGUUUGGAUGCGACCUCGCAGCAUUGUCGAGCUAAAGGCAAGAAGCUAGGUCAUGGUUCUAGCUUCAGCCAAUCCUUUAGUGAGCGCUUUACUGACACAAUUGGUGGAAGCUUGUCCUCGGGCGCCACCUUGUUCACCCAAUCCGAUCCUUCUGUUUUCAAUGAUUGGUUGACUAGUCUUAAAACUGCCCCUGAUGUGGUCAAGUACAAUCUACAGCCUUUACACACCCUUCUGGCGGAUGACCAUAAAGCAAAGCAAGCUUCUUUAUCAAACACUGACCCUCCAUUCUUCAGCCUGGCCCCCACCUCCAAACCGGUCAUCUAUGUACGUCAGCCUGACAGUCUCCUGCUGUUUCCGCUUAUCCACACCCCAUUUCUUCCUCCUUCGGCUGCGCCAAGAAGAAAAGAGGGGGAUUUGCCUCACGCCAGGACCCUGUUUCAUGUGAAGCGCAUGAGAAGGCCGAGGAGAAAGAAAGGAGGUGUUUUGGUUUUGAGUCGCGGUGAAGAGGUGCAGGAGCCCACUUGA